CGCGCUCAACUCGCGCGCUACUAUAAACGAAAGAGCGGCCAGUGCAUCGCCAUAGUUUCGACAUUUCGCCCGACCAUUUCGUCGAGUUUCGACAAGAGACAACGAACGACGGUGAUCCUGAACCAUUUGGAAGAGGAAGAAACAUGGGCGUUUAUCGGGACUACCUGUUGGUCUUUUUGACCUGUUCGAUCCAAGUCUCGCUAGCUGGCCAAUCGGUGGAUAUACUAAGAGGAAAUCUUGGCUCGAGUAUCGAGGAAAAUGAGAUUCUUCGCGUGCUAACCCACAAUGACAGCGACACCGGCAGCUCUGAAAACUUUACUUUCGUCGGGCUUGUCAACGGUCUGUUUCAGCAGUACAACGACACCCUUGUCACGGACGAAGUUAUCACUUACAAAACUCUCGAUCGCUACACUACCAAUCCUUACUAUAACGCCUACACCGAGGAAAUCGACCACGAGGCAAGGAAGUUGCUGCAAAUUGUUCCGACCUUUGACCCGGCGGCCGGACCAGUCAGUGCCGAGUGCAGAAGACAAUCCGACAUCUUCCGCAGGGAGCUCAAUAAAUUCAGCCUUUGGGCUUUGAAAAUGUACGACGCCACGGCGAAAAUGCCAUCGGGUUUGCUGAGCGGCAACGUCAAUCAAUUCGGUGACUUUGACGAGUGCAUGGGUGUCGAGGGUUCGGCUGGCAUUCGUGGCAAAUAUUGCCUUGCUUACCUCCAACUCGAUGUCGACCAGUCGCGCGCUGAUUUGCUCCAUCUACAUCGCCUGGUGCAUUCGCAUUACGCCUUCCGCAGUAACAUAACCGAUCCGGGGCAUCGGGUUCCGCGCUUCAGCACGGUCAGCUGGGCGGUCUGCGCGCCGUCCGGCUGCAGCGCGCGCGACGUCGAGGCGUCGCUCAAGCACAGCCUGGUCAGGCACACCGAGGACACGGGACUGAAGAUCACGGUCAGGGUCGACGCCGACAUGUGCCAGGUCGAGAGCGGCGAGCCGCUGCCCACGGAGACCAUUGCCGUCGGGCUGCUGUUCAUCGGGAUCCUGGCGCUCUCGGUGUUCGCCGGCGUGUGCGACCACUACCACGUGCCAAUGAAACCCGCCGUCCGAGCGUUCUCGCUCAAGAGGAACGCGCUGAAGCUCGUCUCGUUGGAACGCGCCGACGGCGACAUCGCCAUCCUGCACGGCAUCCGAGCUUUGAACGCCUUCAUGCUCAUUCUGUCGCACAAGAGCAUGGCAAUAUUCUUCAAUCCCUACGUGAACCGCACGAGCAUGACCGAGUACGUCGGCAAGCCGUGGACGGUCAUUGGCCGCGCUGCCAGUUUGUACACGGAUCCCUUCAUAAUGCUUUCCGGACUGCUGACCACCUACUCGUUCGUGGGCAAACUGAACAAGAGUGGACGGCUGAACGUGCGCAGCGAGUACUUGAGCCGACUGUUCAGGAUUGUGCCGACCUUGGCAGCCCUCGUAUUAUUCUGCACCUACGUAAUGCCAUUCAUCGGUUCCGGGCCGCAGUGGAACCUCGUCGUAUCUCAGCACGCGGAUAUCUGCAAAAAGACAGCUUGGCGCAACUUCUUGUUCAUCCACAAUUACUUUGGGUUUGAAAAUAUGUGUCUCACUCACACGCAUCACGUCGGCAUCGACACUCAGCUGUUCGCAUUGUCACCGCUGAUGGUUCUGCUGAUCUACAGAAGGCCCAAAUUAGGGAUGGCUAUCCUCGCUCUCGUCGCUACGAUCUCGACUGCUCUUCGAUUCUACGUAACUUACGCUCGGCGCCUCAACAAUUACGUGUUCUUCGGCACUUCGGUGAGGCAGCUAUUCGAUACAGCCAAUUAUUCCUACAUAUUGCCCACUCACAGGCUCACCGUCUAUACUUUCGGAGUACUUUUAGGAUACGCUUUGAAGAAAGUACCGACAGAUUACAAGCUUAGCAAUACUGCGCUGAAUAUUGGAUGGUUCUUGAGCAUACUGAUGGCAAUGGGCGCAUUUUUUGGUCCAGCUCCAAUGGGGACGGUCGACUACGUCUACAAUCCUAUUCAUGCAGCAUCUUACAAUGCUUUCGCGCCGAUCGGUUGGUGUGCCAUUUUCAUCUGGAUGACUUUCUUGGCGCAUACUGGAAACACUAACGGUUGGCUGACAAAGCUGUUCUCUUGGAAGGGUUUCCUCAUCAGUACAAGACUGAGUUACGCGAUAUACCUCACGCAGUUCCCCGUGUUCUUCUUUAACGUUGGAGAGACCAGAAGCGCCGAGUACAUUGGAUUUAUAAGGACGAUGUUGAACAUCAAAGAAUUCCUGUGGAUCCUACUCACUUCCGCGAUCCUCACUUUGCUCUUCGAAACGCCGUUCACUAACAUUAAAAAUUGUUACUUGAAGGGAUCUUCGUCAAAAGACCAAUCGAACUCUGCAGUGCCGACAAUCAAAGAAACGAAAGUCGAAUAAUGCAUUUCUUGUUAGAGAAACUGGUGAAACCUUGUCUUUUCUCUUUUUUUUAUACUGACUUGUUUGAACGUCUACGGUUUUAUAUAGAUGUAUAUUAACGGAUAUUAGCGAAUCUUGUCAUUUUUUAAAUAUGUCGCUCGUGCGAACAUCAGUCUUUUCUUUUGUAAAUAAUCGUGAACGAUUUUAGACUUUCGCUUGGCUCGACGAACGUUCACAUAAGAUGUUAAUUUGAACGACGAGCGCAAGUGCAUAUUGAUUGUAAGCGAUUUUUAAUAAUUAUCCGUAGUCUCUUAUAAUGAUGAUUAUUUAAGCGUGUGAUCAAUAAUGCUGUUUCUUUUUUACUUUUGGUAUACGAUAUAUCUGUACAUAGAAUGAUCUGUUACGAAUGACAUAUAACAGCCAAAUUUUUAGCGACACUCCGUAAAGUUCAUGAAAUAAGUGAUAUGUAGUUUUUAAGAAUUCGAUGCAAGUAUUGAGAUUAAUUAUUUUUUAAUCAUGAUUUUGUAUACGUGAUAUUGGACUUCAUUGACCGUGUGAAUUUUAACUUAUAUUUUACACUGCGAGAGAAAUUUGGAAUAACUUGUAAACUGGUUCACAGGUAUCCAAACCUAAUAAAUACGCAAGCCUUGACAAGUGUAAUUACUUGCCCUCAUAUACAAUGUAUAUGAAAGUCAAAAGUAUGCCUUAUCAUAGUACGUAUCAAAUUGUUCCCUGCAUACAAAUUGUAAAUAAUUAUUAUAAUUCAUAGAAAUAAUUUUUUCCGCACUCUAAUCUCCAAAUCGUAUCUUCGGCGUUGGUUUCCGGUUCUCAUGCGAAAAAAUAUUGUCCCUAAAUGAUGCGAAAAGGCUUUUUGACGAAGUCGUUACAGCACUCGCCUUCGACUCGUGCCGUAAACUUCUCGUUUCACCAAAAAAGCUUUUGCGAACCUGUUAGGAAAUGUACUAUUUUUUUACAGCAACGGAUUACUUGUAUAAUUUUAUAAUUACGACUAACACGAUUAUUUAAUACUUAUCUGAUAUUUACAGAGAAUAAAAUUCUA